AUGCCCCCACCCGAGUACUUCGAGCUCGAGAACAUCGACUGGGACGAGCGACAGGCUGAAGAUGACCGUCUCGUUGCCAGCGUCUUGAGCUCCACACAGAACGGCGAUGGCGGCAACCCACUCAUCGACCUCAACCGUCCCCUCGAUCUCGGCGAGAAGGCAGACGAUGCUAUGGACUACGAGGAUAUCAGCGAUGAUGACGAUCUCCCGGACGAAGAACCAGCCAGCGGUGAUAUCAAGCUAGAACAAGAUGACGAUGCUGGCCUAGAUGUCGAUGAUCUAUUUGGCGAUGAAGACACACACGAUCUCUUCGGCGAGCACGACGUCCACGAAGAAAUUCACCUCAACGGCACUGCGCAACAAUCACGCGUCAAUGGCGGCCUCACCUUGCCCUCCUUGGAGCCAGAGGAGCCUGAGGAGGAAGAGGAUCUCUACAACCUCAACUUCCCCAAUGAUCCCAUGGUUCUUGACGCGACUAUCCCUGAAACUGCGGCCAUCUACGAAGACUACGUCAAGCAAGGUUAUGAGAAAGGCGGUAUCUUGUCCUGGAACACGCUCAUGCCGGGCCCCGAGGAACAAGCUGAGCCGAAGCAACCACUAAAGACACCAAAGUCCGUCAACCCGACCAAAGCCAGCUUAGAUCUUGCUCCUGACUUGGAGAAGACCUUUCGAUCGGCAGGUCCAGCAACCGGUGAUAAGCGCAAGCGAGUUGAAGAGGCAGAAAUCAAAGGUCUUGUUGCGAUUGUCGACGAGUCUUCUGAUGAGAGCGACAGCGAUGAUGGCUUCGAUUACUCCCCCCCUGACCCAAAUGAGAAGGUUGGCGGUCGUUCGUACGCUGAACACAAGAUCGCGAUCCUCGACCUUGAGUCAAUGAUCAAUAUGAUCCCGGAGGUUGAGAUCGAGCAGGAGGAGGCACCUUUGGACGACUGGGAGCGCGAGUUUCUUGGAGAUCCUUCACAACGUAGAAAGACCGUUGAAAAGCCAAAGCUUUCUGACUUCGUUUUCGCUCCGCAAUAUCCUGUUCCCAACUUCGAUAAUUUCGAGCAAAUGACAGCCCAUACUUCGAAGCGCGUCAUUCUUGAUCUCAACGAUCCAUACAUUCUGGUUGAUGUCCAAGAGUUCAAGCCCGCGAAGCGCCAACGCAUCGCCAGAGGAUACAAGCGCGUCGGAACCGGCACCUUCACUUCGACUCUUAAGGAACGAUUCAACAUCUCCAAUGACGAGGCAUACGAUGCACUGAAGGAGAAUCACCAAAGCAAGGUUCGACAACACCUUGGUAGUGUCUCCAUCGAACAUAGUAUGCCCGCUCAGAAGCUUCAAUGGCCUUACUAUCGGACCAAGCUCCAGAACCACGAACUGCGAUCAUUCCAUCGACCCCCUCUCCAACUCACCAGAUUCAUUAAUCAACCUAUCUUCUUCUCGAAGCCUGGUAUGCGAAAGAAGAAGGAAGCCCGGGGCUUGUCAACCAUCGAACUAUUCAAGGAGACCAAGGACCUUUCUCUUUCUGAUCACUACUCCACUGCAACCCUGUUUGAGUACUCCGAGGAGCAUCCUACUGUGCUUUCCAACUUCGGCAUGGGCAAUCGAGUUGUCAAUUACUACCGACGCAAGGAUGCUGAUGACAAGGAGCGUCCGCAGCCAGAGGAUAAGCUUGGUGAUACUGAAGUUCUGCUUCCUGAAGACAGAUCUCCUUUCGCAAACUUUGGAAUGGUUGAUCCCGGCGAGACUGUCCGAACUCUCCACAAUUCGAUGUUCCGUGCUCCCAUCUUCAAGCAUGAGCCAAAGAACACAGACUUCUUGGUGGUCCGAAGCAGCACUGGCGUUGGCGGCUUCUCUUGGCACAUUCGAAAUAUCGACAACCUCUUCGCCGUUGGACAACAAUUUCCUUCUAUGGACGUUCCUGGCCCUCAUUCGAGAAAGGUUACGAAUGCUGCCAAGAAUCGCAUGAAGAUGAUUGCCUACCGAAAGAUUCGCCACAGCCCACAACAUCACUUGAAGAUCGGAGAUAUCACUGCCCACAUUACCGACUCCAGCGACAUGCAGAAUCGGCAGAAGCUCAAGGAGUUCAUUCUCUAUGACAAGACCGAGAAGGUCUGGAGAAUGAAGCCUGGUGAUGUAAUUCCCGACGAAACACAAAUCCGCAACAUGGUCAAGCCAGAGGAGAUUUGUAUGAUUGAUGCCAUGCAAGUUGGAGCAAAGCAUCUUGAAGACGCCGGUUUCGCUAUCGAGGAAGAUGAUGAUGCUGGCGACGAGGAAGGCGAGAGCUUGGAGCAGAACCUCGCACCUUGGAAGACCACGAAGGCCUUCUUGGAGGCUUCGGCCGACAAGGCAAUGCUUCGACUUCAUGGUGCUGGAGACCCAUCAGGUCGUGGACUCGCAUUCAGCUUCAUCAAGACAUCCAUGAAGGGCGGCUAUCUUGAAGCUCUUCAGGGUCCUGAUUCGGAUCUCACACCAGCCAUGGAAGCUGCUCGAGCCGCUGCGAUGGAUCCCAAGAACAACAAUGGUCAUGGAUACAACGUCAAGACCCAGCAAAAGCUCUACAAUGACGCCAUUCGAGUCAUCUGGGAGGCCCAGAAGGAGGAUUUGUCGAACAACGCCGAGCGAGAAGUUAAUGCCAUUACACCCGAGGAAGCUGGUGAUCGCGCACAGUUUGGUGUGGCCCAGACUCCUCAUUCAACGGCAACUCCUGCUCCUCACUUCGAUGAUAGCGCGAGUGUGUUCAGCAGUGGUACACAACAAUCAAAUCGCGUCUUGCGCAUUGUCCGAAAGAUCGUCAAUGCCUAUGGCCAGGUCGACAACGUUGUCGAGAUUGUGAAGGAUCCCCGUGUUGUCACCCAGUAUCUCAGACGCCGUCGUGAGCGCGACGCUAUGGCAAUCAAUGUCUACAAUCUCAAGCCGACUGGCGAUCCCGAACAAGACAGGAUUAACCAGAAGAGACUCGACGACGAACUUGUCCGUCUCAAUCGCAACCGCGACCGUCGCUACGCUCGAGAGAAGCAAAAGGGCCGUCUCAACGCUCGUCGAUCGGCUGAACCCGAGACCGCUCUUUCCCCUUCGUCGACUCCCGCCCCAACCACCGAGAAGCCAACCGGUACCACGCGCAAAUGUGCCAAUUGUGGACAAGCCGGCCACAUCAAGACCAACAAAAAGUACUGCCCCAAUUGCGAAUAA